CCAGCCGCGAAACAAGCGUUCAUCUUCUUUUCAUUGAUUUUUCCUCUAUAUAACUUUUAAUUGCUGAAAAAUGCCUAUUGCAGAGAAGCGUAGUGCUACGGAUGGCAUAGUUGUACCCUUUAAAAAACCCAGGACUGAGGUGAUUCCUGGGGUUGACAGUCAUGAAGACCCAAUGGGCCCUCCUCGGACUUCAAGCUUUUUGGCUCCAAUUAUGCUUUUAUCAGGCCAUCAAGGGAAAUAUUCUGUGGAAAUUUUCAUCCUGAAGGAAACUUCCUGGCAUCUUCUGGAUUUGAAAGAGAUAUAUACAAGUUCUUAUUUUUAA